GCGCUGCGCAAAAGUCGCAUGAAUUGGGGCCCCGUUGGUGUUUUCGUUAUUGUUCUUUGGAAAACGAGAAUAGAUAAAACUCCUCCCGGGACUAGACCACUAGACUGAACAGUUCUUUAACAAUAACCAAGAGAUGACAACUGUUGUCGGCGGAACUAGGACUCCAUGGCCCUAAGUCCUGAUUAUUAUAAUCAUUCUUCAGUGCAAUUUGUGUAGAUUGUUGUGUUUUUGGAAGAGAAGGUCCUUUCAAGUAAAAGUAGUUUUCAUCGGUAUCCCCGGGUGGUUGCUGUUGCUUCGUGCGAUAUACCUUGAGGAAAAGGAUAUAUUUUUGACUUUGAAGUAAUGUCAUCGAAUCCUGAUUGUGGUAUCAAUUUAAAGGCGUCAGUUAGUAUCUAAAAUUGAAAAAUUACAAGUGCAUAAUAUAUAAAUGUGAAUGUGCUAAUUAUUGAAAAUAUUAUAUACGCACUAUAUAUACCAAUUUUCAAUAUAUAUAUAUAUUUUUUUUGAAAAUAAAAAAAAGUGACUAAUCAAAUACUGAAUAAAAAUCAUAAAAAUAUCUAAACAGUCGUUAUUGAAACCAGUAUAAGAUGUACGUCAAUGAAUGUAGUAUGCAUAGAAAAAAUUUGCAAAAGAGCAGCAUUUGAUAAAAUCGACAACCAUUUCGAAUUGCCCGAAGUUAAUCGAGUGAAAAUUAUAAAAUCUAAAAUCAGAAAUAUUUUAAAACUGUUCCGAUUUGCAAUAAAACUUUCAAAUUUCAAUUGUUUGGAAUUUAGUAUUAUAAAUAAUUUUCAUUUUGUGAUUUGCAGUGCAGAUUUUGAUGUAACAAUGAUAUUAAGAUUGAGCAAAUUAUGAGAAAAAUACUAAAAGCAAAUGGACAAUAAAUAAACAGUUUAGUUUUGGUAUUACUUACUGACCUUUACAGAUAAAUAGAAAAGAUACUGUGUGGCUGAUAUAUAAAAGAAAUGGAACUAAAGUGCAAAAAUGUAGUCAAAAAUGAAAAUAAUUCAAGUAAAACUAGUUUACUAAGGAAAUAAACCCAUCAAAAUGAAUAGUGAAAAUUAUAAUGCUAUUAAUUGAAAAUGAUUUAAAUCACAGUAAACUAGUGAAAAGUAAUCUUAAAAUAGUCAAACAAAAAAAAAGAUAAAAAUAAUAUAGUGAUCGAUUGCAUAAACCAAAGACCAUAAACAAUAGUAACAACCAUUAUCGCCUUGCAUGUGUGUCUGUUAUCCGCGUCAACUUAUAUAUUUAUGUUAAAUACCCAUCGAGUGCCAUUUCUGUGAUUUUGAUCCUUGGAAAAUUCAUUUCGCGAUUUGGUAGUGUUCUAGUGUUUUGCUUCGUCGAAGAAUUGAAUGAUUGUCUCAAGACAAGGAAAUGAGAUCGUUCUCCCCUCCCCCCCCCCCCACCAACGAAAAAUGGGUAAUUUCUUCGAACUUUUCGUGAAGGAUAAGUGUUUAAUUUUCGUGAAUUUCUUGUGUUUAUCUCGCGGUAUAUUUGAUAUUUAAGAUUGUGAUUAAAAAUUGUGUAAUUUGUGUUCGAAUUAGUUACAAGUGAAUUGUUAUUUUUUGUUUGAUUAAUUGUGAAACAGAAUUUUGAGUGAUUUCAUGUUUAAAGUUUAGUUUUUCCGUGGAUCUGAUGUGGCGAAGAUAAAAAAAGGAAAAUUUUUUGAAGAAAGUGAAAAAAAAAAAGUGAAUUAUCUUCUUAAAUAUAAACGUACAAGUGUUGUGUCUAUAUGAAUACGAACAAAACAACAUUUCUUCCCUUUGGUUGCAGGUUUAAACGUCUGAUAAAGGGCAUACUAAAGGCGGAUUUUUAAUAAGCAGCAUGUCGUCAAAACGGAAAUCACCUCCAAACAAAUUUGAAGGUGGUGGUUUAACAACAGCAACAUCAGCAAUAACGCCAGCAGUAUCAACAGUCAGCAUCAACUAUCCAUUAGCUUCAUCAGCCUAUAAUCAGCAACAGCAGACGAUUGAUUGUAAUAUCACUGCUACAUCAGCGACCCUGUCACGUCAAUACAAUACCCGAAAUAGUAAUUUAACAAACCACACGAAUGUAAAUAGCAACCAACAACAUCAUCAUCAUCAUCAUCAAAACAAUUCAGAAAAUAACUCACCAAUAUCAGCGGAUUUCUACAGUAAUUCAGAGCUAGACUUAGACAGUCACCGAAGUCUUACCCCACUCAGUGAUAAUGAUGAGUAUCAGCAACAAUCAACAAUACCAACGCUAAUUAAGGAUAAGGAGGAAACACAACAAUCAGAGAAAGAGCAACAACACCAACCUGCGCAUCGAAUAUCAAGUGAUGAGAUUAUUGGUGAACAGGACGAUUGUUGUGAUGUGAAUAACCUUAGCGAUAGCGAACAAAGAUGCAGCAGUAUUGCUGAUGUAACCAAUCUAGGUUCCGAUGCAGAGGACGAUGGCGACCUGUUUUCAUAUGAGACUGGAGACUAUGUACAAAAACAGCAAACAGAGCAACAGGACGAACACCAUUCAGACGAAUAUACAAUUUCGCCGCCAAUUAAACGUUCGAAAAACUUAGAAAAGUAUUCAACAAAAACAAUUAAUAAUAAUAACAAUAAUAAUAGUAUAACUAAUUUAUAUGUGACAAAUGAUGCUAGUACUACACCAACGCCUACAGAAAGUCGAGUAGACGUUGAUGAAAUCAGUGAUAUAAACGACGAAGUGAAUCAUAUUAAUCUUCGCCAUCAUCCCUAUGACAGGGUGGUGAGUUCACCAAAAAAGGAACAACAUCGAGAUGAUGACGAACAACAGCGUGAUCAACAAUCGCCAACGUUAAUAUUCUCCGUGCAACAACUCGAUCGGUCACCUGAAGAGUUUAAUAAACAUAGUAAUGGUAGUCUUAUAGUUAAUCAUCAAGAACAACAACAGCAGCAUCAUCAUCAUAAAAAUAAUAUCAGUAGUAAAAAAGUGAUUAAACGUGAGGCAUCGCUGUCGCCUCAACACUUUCAACAACGACAAUUUAACAAGCAAAGUGACCAUCAACAAAUCUACAAUAACAAUAAUAAUAGUAUAAAUAGUCUGUGUAAUAGUAGUUUAUUAGUAAAUAACAAUUUAAAUUGUAUUAGUAAUAGCGGUGUGGGUGCUGGUGGUGGAAGUGCAAUAAGUAUUAAUCAGCAACAUCAGCAAAUUCAACAACAUCAACAGCAUCAACAACAGUCCACAAUAAAACGUUCAAUGGAUUAUGUUGUUAAACGUUUAACAAAUAAAAUGCGUAGUAAUUCCGUUGCUGAUAUUCCUCAACAACAUCAUCAACAACAACAACAGCAACAACAUCAAUCAACAACAUCCCAACAACAACAACAGCAACAAUCACCAUCAUCAUCACCACAAUCAACAGCAGGAGCGACAAAUCCAGGUGAAAAUAUGCCAGCAUCUCCAAAUUCGUUACUAGUUUUGGACUAUGCAACGGGUACUGGUAGUUUACAAGAACGUGAACGUAAAGUGACGGAAAUGAUACGACAAUUACAAAUAAUUCGAGAAAGAUUGCUGUCACAGAAUCAGUUGGAUAACUCGCCCGCCGCUCUGGAUGCUGCUGCCGAACGUCUUCAACAUGAACAUCUACAACGUUUGCACCAACAAGAAAUCCAAAAUCAACUUAGCGCACAAUUCUCGGCCAAACCCAAUCCACUUGUGCCAUUCCUGCCAUUCUUACGACCACCCUAUCAAGUACCGGAUCCCAUAUGGAAUCAACAACAUUUCGCUCACAUUCAAGCUGUACUGAGUGGCAGGGAUGCUGCAGCUGCAGCGGCGGCUGGUCUACUUAACAAUGCUGCAUCAUCGGCAACGGUUACUGCAACGGCAAUUGGUCCUUGCCGUAGCGCCUCCCCACCACUUCAUCAUUCACCGUCGCCACCACGACCGCUAUCAAUUCCAUCACAACAGCAAACCCAUCAUCUCCAUCAUCCACAGCAACCGCCACCUUCAACGCAAUCUUCACCACACCAACACCAUCGUGCAUCAACAUCACCCACCUCGUCAGAUCCUGAUGCUCCGCUGAACCUUUCUAAGCCAAAACUCUCACCAAAUAAUUCACCCAAGUCAAAUUCACCGCCUACAAUAAAUUUGUCUGCAGCUAUGAGUGCUAGCAUAGGAGCACUGCAAUCUUCGGUGGCUGGAUCAAUGGGAGGAGUCAGUACGGCCCCUGUAGUAAGUGCAGCUUCACAUCAGCAGCAACAGCAACAGCAGCAGCAGCAUGGAUGCAACUCUCUCCCAGGACUACCCGGUCUACCACGAAGUUUUCUACCCUAUCCUACGUCACUUGGAAUCGGGGUGCCCAAGCAACCGCCACAAUUUGACGAUCCUAAUUUCUUGUCAGCCUGUAGACUUUGGGCAGAUCCUUUAGUCCAUCAUCCCAAUAAGCCACCCAUCGAUGAGGAGAAAGUUCGAUUGGUACGACAAACUAGGAUCAGUAGAGAUGGCGCUGGGGGAGGAAACGGAAGUGGUGUAGGUGGGGGAAACUCGAAUAAUUCGAAUAGUGCAGAGCGUGAGUCGAGUAAGCCCCAUAUCAAGCGCCCAAUGAACGCGUUUAUGGUGUGGGCAAAGGACGAGCGACGGAAAAUCUUGAAAGCGUGUCCUGAUAUGCACAAUUCGAAUAUCUCGAAAAUCUUAGGAGCCCGUUGGAAGGCUAUGUCGAACGCGGACAAACAGCCUUACUACGAGGAACAGUCGCGCUUGUCAAAGCUGCAUAUGGAACAGCACCCCGACUAUCGCUAUCGUCCACGUCCGAAAAGGACUUGUAUCGUGGAUGGCAAAAAAAUGCGCAUUUCAGAAUAUAAGAUGCUCAUGCGAACGAGACGAGCGGAGAUGCGUCAACUAUGGUGUCGAGAAGGUACUGCCGAAAGUGUUCAGUACUUGCAGGAUAUUCAACAAGCUGCCCAACAGGCGGUAUCCGCAUCAACUUCAUCGGGUAGCAACAGCGGUGUCGGCAAUAGUGCCGGUAUCCCGGGCAGCCUACAAGGACCCGGACCAGGCAAUCCUCUAUCAGCAUCAAUUUCGGGAGCAUCACAACAAAUCCGCUCUCAAACACCAACCAAUGGUAGCCUAAUUGGUGCCCCAAACUACUAUUAUCCGCCCGAUAGCUUAUCCCCAUCUGGAUUCUCUUCGGAAGGUAAUGCAACCAGUUUCGAUUCUCGAGACGAUGACUGAGCCGAAUUUUUGCGGUGGCCACCAUUACCACCGCUACAGGGAACAUCUCAGCCACCUCCACCGCCGCCACCACCACCACCACCACCAACAACAUCGUCAUCAUCAGGCUCCAUGCAAAUUCCACAAGUUCCAUCACAUCCCCAAGCAGGUGUAAAUAUGAGUGGGGGAUCACAUCAUAAUCAUCAUCAUCACCAUCACCAACAAUUGGGACCAUCUUCUGUGGGGCUCGUUGAUUUUUGGUGAUCACCUGGUUGAACGUAAGAGGGACAAAAAAAAAACAAAAAGGGGGUGGAGUAUCCGAUGGGGAGGAUAGUUACUGUAGGAAAAUCAUUUGGGUCUAUUUCCUGGUUUCUGUGAGUAUAGAUGCUUUUUUUAUUGGUCGUUUACCUUCGGGAAGUAUUUAAAAAUGGAAACUUGUAAUGGAAAACACCCACCCCCCACCCUACAUAUACAAACAUACACAAGGAAAAUUAUUCAAUAUGCACUGAGGCUUUUGUGAUGUAACGUUUAUUCUUACAAUUUAUGCGUAUGAAUAAUAUAUUUUUUUAAAUAAAGGAAAAUUAUCCUUUUUAAUUUAAUUAAAUCAUCGGGCAAGCAUUGGAAAUGAGAGAAAAAGAGAGAGAGCAACUAAUGAACGAAUUAGUUGAAAAGGUUUCAACAUUGAUGAAUGACAAUGACAGUGAAUAGUUUUUGUGCCAUUUUUUUUUAAAAUAGACUUCCACUCCGUUCGUCUGUUAAAUCAGAAAAAAAAACAGGAUCAUGGAGAGGAGGACUCUUGAUUAUAACUAUAAAUAGCGUGAUUUGUUUUUUUUUAUUUUUUUUUUAAUUGUUAUUAAGUUUAAUCUUUUUUUUUUCUUUUUUUUUGAUUUUUAUUAAAACUACAAUGAUAUGAUCUGGGUGGUAUAAAAUACAGCUAAGGGAGAAGCUUAAGCUCUUCCAUGAGAUAGUAGAGAAAAAUAUGUAAAAUCAAUUUCGAAGCAACACUGAAAACAUUUUAGGGUAAAAAUAGAUCUAAAUUAUAAAUAAAAGAUUAGAGUAGGUGAACCGACAACUAAAAUAAAUUAAAAUUAUAAAGCUCCAAAUCGAUCCGAAAUGGAAAGAAACUUAUGUGAGCGAAUGAAAUCCUCCUUUCUUUUUAAGAUAAUAAGUCAUAUAUAAAGGAGGGGUGUAAGGUUAUUCCGAUAUUAAACAUUUUUUGGAAAAUUGUAGUUAUAGUUCUUGUUAACAUAAUAUUUAAAUAAAAAAAAAGAAAAAGAAUAGCGAAAAAAAGCAUGAAAAUGAGAAGAAAAAAAUAUUUGAAUAAGUCUUUUAUCUUCGAUUUUUUAGAGGAUCUAUUUAUAUAAAACUGAUAAAACUACAACUUAUAAGGAAAAAAAUUCAAAUUCAAAUUGUAAAAUGGUUAGGUGUUAAUUUUGCGCCUACGGGAAUAAUGAGAGCAUUUUAAUUUAAUUUAACACAAUUUUGCUCUAAGAAUUCUUUUGCAACAAAACAUUUAUUCUUUAUUCUACGGUUGCCAUAUAAAUUCACAUAUAUAUAUAUAAAUUUAUGAAUAUAUAUAUAUAUAUAGAUGUAUUUACUAAUUUCAGUAUAUAUUGAUAUACAUAUAUAUAUUGAAAGUGUUCGAAAAGCAUGAAGAACUAAGAAAAAGUGAUUGUUUAUUUUUUUUGUGUAAUUUAUUUCCGAAAAUGGAUGGGUGCCCGCAAUGAAUUUUUAUAAUACUUAAUUUUUCGUUUGCUAUGUAAAUAAAAGCAUAUUUUAAAAUAGUUUUUAUUUUUCUUAAAGUGAAAAGGUAAAAAAAAAAAUUCGAAUCAGUUCAUUGUUGAACAAGAAAACAACUGAAAGGAUAGAGCAAACAUCAUGAUCCCAUCGUCAUUCACUGCGGUAAAUAUUUGCGUAUUUAUAAUGUAGACAUCCUUUAUAUUUGUAAAAUAACAAAAAAAAAACAAAACUAAACACGAAAUUUCGAAAGCAGAUGAAUGGAAAAGAAAUGUCAACAUAUAAACAAAAAUAAAUAGCAAAAGCAACACAAAUUUAAUUUAACAAUUAUACAUAUAUAUUUAAAGAUCUGAAGAAAAGAAAAAAUAAAGCACAUACACAAUAUACAUAUAUAUAUAAUAUGCAUCAAAAUAAGUGAAAAUUAAGUUAAAAUUUAAAUAAUCUGGUGCCAUUAAGCAAACAAAAAACAUGUAAUUAUUACUAUUAUGAUAACUAUCAAAGUAUCUUUAUACAAAACUUCAACAAAAAGCUUCUUUCGAAUAAUCGUAAGCAAAACAAAAAAAAAUGAAACUAGAAUUUCGAUAUUUCUUUUUAUUUUCAAAUACUAUCCAUGCACAUGACAUACAUGGCAUACACAUGACCCCCACCACCAUGAAAAUUUGAGCAAAUUAGACUGUAAAUGUUCAAGAAGCUUACAUCAAAACUGGGUAGCAGUGAUAAAAAAUUUUAAAAAAAAGGCAUUUUAUGUACUAUAUAUGUUUUCAGGACUUUCAGGAAAACAUCCCCGAUGUGAACCAGAAAGUGAAUUAAAAAAGUAACACAGGAAAAAAAUGCCAUAAGAAGAAAAGAUACAGCUUGUUAAUCUGGCACUUGCUAGUAACAAUAGAAUUGUCUUUUGGUCCUUUCAGUCCCUUCUAAUUAGGAACUUAUGAAUUGCCACCUUCAUAAAAAUACACAAAAACAUAAAUACAAAACUAAAAUUGAAAGCCUAAACAGAAAUGUGAACUCUAUUUUUUUUUUCAUCUUAACCAACAGUUUUAUUUCAAAUAUAAUAAUAAAACAAUAUUAUAUAAUAAAAAGUAUGAUAUCUUCUUCUUCUAAAGUUCAAGGUAAAAUUCAAAAGUUUUUUUUUUGUUUUUUUGUUUCUUAUUUGUUACCCCAGAACUACUGAAACGAAUGUUACAAAAUCCUUCGAUCCCACUCCUCGGAUAGAUUCUUGUUACAUUCAAGAUUCUCGCUGAUCCAUCUACUAAUAAUAAUGCCAUAAUACAGACCAAAUAGAUAAGGGAACAUAGUCUUUUGUUAAAACUCCUCCUCGUGUCAUUUUACGUCAACAACUUCUAUAGUUUCUACCUAAAAAUAUCAAAUAGAGAUAGUUUUCAGAAAAAUAAUGAACCUGAAUAAAUUUUUAUAAUUUGUUUUUCAAUAAUAUCUACUCUCAUUCAAAAUUAAUUUAAGAUUUUUUUGUUUUUUGUUGGAAUUUACCGAUCGCAUCAAAAGUAAGUACUCAGCACCAUGAAAGGUCCAGAUAAGUUAAAUUCCAAAACUAAAUCAAAGUUUCUAAACAAUCCAUCGAGGCGAAUGAAUGAAUGAAUUAAUUAGUACUUUUUCAUUUUUAAUUUCUAAUAAAUUUACAAUUCAAAUUUUCCAGAAUUUAACGAGCGCAUCGAAACUAGUUAUGCAGUCGAAUUAUUUUAACAUUUUCAAGUGAAUUAAAUCUCAAACUGAAAAAUUAAAUUUCUAAAAAUCAACCAAAACGAUUAAAAUGUAUAUAAUUUUUUUUACAUUCUUAUAAUUUCCACUCUAAUUCGAGAUAAAAUUCCAAUUGAAAUAUUCCAAAUGUUGCCGAUUAUAUCAAUAGUAAAAUUUCGUUCAAAUUACUUUAAAAUUUUCAAACAAUCUCAAUGAAUUUUUCUAACCACUCGUUUUGGCUGGCCUACAUCAAUUUUGAUGAUUGGGAUUUAUUUUCGAAUCAAUGC